AUGCACCUGUCUUUCCUCUCCCUACUCGGACUAGCGUCCUGUGUAUUCGCCCAGCAGAAAGAACUUGAAGCCUCCCCCUUCACCGUCAUCCACAGCCCCUAUUCUCCCACGCACACCAUCCGCAUCCGCGAACAGAACGAGUCGAUCUGCGCCGCCGGUUCCCGCCAAUACACGGGCUGGCUGGACGUGGGAGCAAGCCAUUUCUUCUUCUGGUACUUUGAGAGCCAGAAUGACCCGACACGCGACCCGCUGACGCUGUGGAUGACGGGGGGGCCGGGGGGAUCCAGCAUGCUCGGCUUGUUCGAGGAGAUGGGCCCCUGUCUGAUCAGCGAGGAUGGCAACGGCACAGUGUACAACCCGUGGGGAUGGUCGAGGAACUCGUCGCUGCUCUUUGUCGACCAGCCGGUCGGCGUGGGCUUCUCCUAUCUCGAUCCCGGCCAUGAUCUUCCGCAGGACUCUGCAGCUGCGGCAAGCGAUAUGCAGCGUUUUCUGCAGCUGUUUGUCUCGACGGCGUUUCCUCAUCUGCAAGACCUUCCUUUUCAUAUCUCUGGAGAGUCAUACGCCGGCCACUAUAUCCCCAAUCUCGCUUCACAAAUCGUCCAGCACAAUUCUCUCUACCCCAACGAGCCACAGAUCAACCUGCAGUCCUGCCUGGUCGGCAAUGGCUUCAUGUCCCCCCGAGAGUCCUACUAUGGAUACUGGGAGACCCUGUGCACCACAAACCCGGGGGUUGCCGAGCCCAUCUUCAACAAGACCCGAUGCGAUAUCAUGGCCGCCAAUAUGCCCCGCUGCAUGGAGUUGUUUCAUGUCUGCGAGCAGAAUCCUGAUCCGGCCAUCUGUCACGCUGCUCUGGAUGUCUGUUGGGAGGGGAUUAUCGGAUGGUAUGACGAUGAGUCAAAGGUGGGAGGGAGGAACCGAUUCGACAUUACCGCCCCCUGUGUGAUGGAGGAUUUUUGCUAUAUUCAAGCAGCAUGGAUAGGAAAGUACCUCAACACCCCUGCUGUAUGGGAAGCGCUGUCUCCCCCAGAACAGAUCACAGAAUACAAGAUAGCCUCUUUAGCUGUCAGUGUCGCGUUUGAAGCCACCUCUGAUGAGAUGACUACAACCUCCGACCUGGUUGUCUUUCUGCUGCUCAACGGGGUCGAUUAUCUGGUCUACCAGGGGAAUCUGGAUCUGGCGUGCAACACGGCGGGCAAUCUCCGCUGGGCGAACUCCUUAUCCUGGAAAGGACAGGUCGAGUUUGCGGCCAAACCGAUGCGUCCUUGGACGGCCGUCGUGAACGGGACGGAACAGGUGGUCGGUUCAACCAAGGAGGUUGUUACUGAUACGGCCCGUUUUGCUAUCGUCACUGUCGAUGGAGCAGGGCAUAUGGUUCCUCAGGAUCGACCCGAUGUUGCUUUGGCUAUACUUGACCGGUGGCUCACGGGGGGUCAAUUCUAGCACAACAUUGAUCUCCAGCCCGCAGUAACUAACAGUCUAUAAGCAACAGUAACAAUCAAUGAUAUGGGGUAUAAUAAGAACCCUUUUAAUAUCAAUGACUCAUAUGACGACCAGUAAUAAUAAUACUUACUUUUUAUUGGCUAAUGAUUGCUCCAGUCAGAGUGCCUCAAGUCUCACCAAUGACUGAUAGAAAUUCAGGGC